AUGAAACGUAAACGGGACAAAAUUGGUACAACCGAUGACCCCUCUAAAGAAACAGUUCAUAAUAUACCUUCACUUUCUUCUCAGGAUGAAAUUAUCGAACAAUUGUUAAAUCGACUAACGACCACUACUCCAAUAAUGACACAAGUUCUUUAUCAAACUAGUGCCUUUGAAAUCGAAUCAACAACUUCAAAAAGUAUUGAAUAUUCGAAUUACAUCAGAGAAAGAGUCAAAGUGAUCUUAGAGCUUAUCGAGGAACUUGUUUCUGAAUUGGAAUUAAUUAAAACCGAUCAACAAAUAAUCGAUGAAUCAGUAAUAACUGUCUAUACUCUACGUGUGGAUUCUGUUGCAGAGCAAGCCUACCAGUGUCAAGAGUUAUUGAACCAGAUAACAAAUGUAGAAAAUCAUGAAGUAGAGGCCUGA